CCAGCAAUCCGAGACAUUUUACUCCCGCGGUCCGCGAGGUCAGUAGUUUCUUCAGGUUCUACUGUUCAUGCGCUAUGGCGUCAGAUUUCAUGUAAACAUGGAGCGAAGUAGAUUUCCGCGGAGGAAUCGAGUUGAUUAUAAAGCACUAAAUGUUCUUUCUACAGUGGAUUUAGAAGUUCAUUUGAAAGGAAGGAGAAAAUUUAAAAGCGGAUCUAAAGUUUAUUUUGUGGAGAGACUUAUCAGCCGGCGAAGAUUGAAGAACGAGGACUUUGAAUACCUAGUAAAAUGGAAGGACUGGCCAUUGUGGACAAGCACGUGGGAGCCUUCGGCUCAUUUGAAUGAGCAUCUUAUCAGGGCAUACAGCAACCCCACUGUUACCGUGGAAAGACUACAGAGCGCAUCAGUUGCAUUUCUGGAAGGCAUUCUUUCAAUCCUAAAAUCGAAUGCGGUUAAAGUUCUUUAUUCCACUGAAAUUAGAAUGGAUCAUGAUAUUGUGAGAUACGUUUUUAAAGGAAAAGGUAAAAGAGCAGAAGACGGAGUUAGUAUACUCGAAAUCGAGCAAAACAUCAGACAUUUUUUGACGAUUCAGACUGGAAUGAGCUCACAGUGA